AUGGCGGCGCUGAGGAGACUACUGUGUACCGGGAAGAGCCGGCUAGCCGUCUGCUUCCAGAGGGAGUUCCACAGGAGCACGCCCGCCGCCCUACAGGUCACUGUUCGGGAUGCUCUGAACCAGGCUAUGGAUGAAGAGCUGGAGAGAGAUGAGCGGGUGUUUUUGCUAGGAGAAGAAGUUGCCCAAUACGAUGGAGCUUAUAAGGUCAGUAGGGGCCUUUGGAAGAAGUAUGGUGACAAACGAGUUAUGGAUACUCCUAUAUCUGAGAUGGGAUUUGCAGGUAUUGCUGUUGGUGCUGCUAUGGCUGGGUUGAGGCCAAUAUGUGAGUUUAUGACAUUUAACUUCUCCAUGCAAGCCAUUGAUCAAGUCAUUAAUUCUGCUGCUAAGACCCAUUACAUGUCAGCUGGGCGUGUCCCUGUUCCAAUCGUUUUCCGAGGACCCAAUGGAUCAUCGGCCGGUGUGGCUGCCCAGCACUCUCAGUGCUUUGCCGCCUGGUAUGCGCACUGUCCAGGACUGAAGGUAUUGAGUCCUUGGAAUGCUGAAGAUGCUAAAGGUUUACUGAAAGCUGCAAUCCGGGAUGACAAUCCAGUGAUUCUAUUGGAGAAUGAGCUGAUGUAUGGUGUUCCAUUUGAACUGUCCGAAGAAGUUCAGUCUAAAGACUUUGUUAUUCCUAUUGGUAAAGCAAAGAUUGAACGGCCAGGCAGUCAGAUCACUGUGGUCGCUCACUCUCGCCCUGUGGGUCAUUGUAUAGAGGCUGCCAAUGUACUGGCUAAGGAAGGAAUUGAUUGUGAGGUUAUCAACUUGCGCACAAUCCGGCCAAUGGACAUUGAAACGAUAGAAGCCAGUGUUGUGAAGACCAACCAUCUGGUCACAGUAGAGGGGGGGUGGCCUCAGUUUGGUGUAGGAGCUGAAAUCUGCGCCAGGAUUAUGGAAGGUCCUGCAUUCAACUAUCUGGAUUCCCCUGUCUUCCGUGUAACUGGUGCUGAUGUUCCCAUGCCUUAUGCCAAGACCUUGGAAGAAAACUGCAUACCCCAAGUAAAGGAUAUCAUAUUUGCAGUUAAAAAGACACUAAAUCUUAUCUAA